AACGUCAAUACCGUAGAUGGGUUUGUUGGGUAUUACACUAAACAUUCAAAGCUGACCAGUGAUUAGUUUCUAAUAUAAAUGGAACUAUGGAAGUAUUAUAAUAAAUGCAAUUAACGAAUAAACUAUUUAAACUAAGUGAGUUCAUUCAACCUUUCGGGGAAGCCAUGGGGCGCCGGCAAAGGAUCAGUUGACUUCCAUUAUCAUCGGCAUAUCGAGUUGUUACAUUUUCGUCAAUGGUUAAUUUACUACAUACAUACAUGGGUUCUGAAACCUGAAAAUAGAUCUAUCCAUCCCUCUAUCUCUCUACCUAUCCCCAUUAUUAGCUUGUGAAAAAAGCUUGUAAGCUUUGAAGUCAAAGAGGGCAGGAAUCAAGGAGGAUGAACGAGAAGAUGACCGCGGCGGUGAUCGGAGUGAUAGGGGCGGUGAUGACGCUGGGAGCUUAUUCGCAGAGCAUGGUGUCCCCAAGCAGCUGCAUCGGAGCUGCUCUUUGUGUUCUCAUGUAUGGCUUGCUUGUCGGUGAAGGCUUCACCCCUAAUCCUCUCGAAACCAAGUCCAUCGACGACUCAGCAAUAACAACCUCCGUCGUCAAACCCAAGGCUAACUGAUCUCAUUGCUUUUGCUAAGUCAUACGUUAAUCGUUGUCUCUUCUUUACUAAUUACUUCGCCUGUACUAUGCAUGACAAGUCUCUGUUUAUUAGUUUCCAACGGCCUUCUGUUAAACUUCCAAUUUGCUUCCAUAUUUCCUGCUUGGUGUAUUGCUGCAAUCCUUAGAAGAUGGAUGGGAUCGUCUUUGUAGCAUCCAAUUUUCAGCUUCGUGACUUAUUGACUUGGACAAUGGAGUCCUUGAUCUCCUGCAAGAUCAAAAUCAGUAUAGUGUCCUUCAGUAAGAUAUAUAUAUAUACGAGCAACAGAUUAAGAGGCGCUGAGUGCCGUACGUACGUGCCUAUGUAAGCAUGAAAACAGAGGAUCUGCGUUGUUUGUUUGUUCGUUCCUGUUUAGGCAUGGAUGAAUGAUAUGCAGAUGGCAGCAAUGUAAUGAUUAUAAAUCGAGGAGUAUGAACGGCCAUCGGAGAAACUAGCAUGAGAGAACAAGGGAGUGGCGUAGCCAGAAAUGGCUUGCCGUCCGGUCUUCAUUUCCCGACUAAUGCAUAUUAUGAUAUAUAUGUACUGCUGGCAAGUCAUCCUUGGCUGCACCACAUGGAUAAAACUCCCUCAUUCCCACAUGCAAGCAUCUACGAUGAUGAUGAUGAUUGGAAGCAAAAACGGGUAGAGGGCCAUUUAGACGAAUGAACGUGUAUGUGCAUGAAUGGUUACCUUCAGCUUAGCUCAGCUCAGUCUACUUAUAAGGAAGCCAAACCGAUUGCCCGAAAUGCUCUCUUCUCUUCUCUUCUCUUCUGGUUGGUCUUCAUUUAUGAAAACUGUGGAAAGAGAAAGAGCUAAUAAGACAGUUGAUACAGUGGAAGGAAGACAGAGAGACAUUAAUGUUGGAGGGACUUUCCUUUUCUGUAACAGUAGGCUUCUUAAGAUUGGCGUCAUUUGUCCAUUAGGAUUUGCCCCCUGGAAGCUGUGGAGGGCUCAUAUAAAAGCAUAAGCAUCAACUUUUGACGUAGAAGUGGCAGUUCCCAGCCUUCUGGAGUAGCAGGCACUUACUAUCUUACAUCAACACAGUCGAGCUAUAGCUCAAAAGUAAAGACUGUGAAAUGAAAGGGCCUCGAAGGCAAAUCACCAUCUCAAACUUCCAUUUAUUGUUGUCUCUGUGCCAAAUCCUUUCAUUUUGAGGAUUGUUACCAAAUUCGUCAAAUCAUAGGUAGGGGUAUGGCCAUUGAGCGAGCAGCUAUCUGGAUUUCUAGUUUUCUACAGUCCUCUUGAGGACAAGUCGACAUGUAGUAACAUAUGAUUCGAGAAGAAAUAGCUAAUGAAGGUAUUCAAAUAAGACGGGAGGCUUCAAUUGAUCAUUUACAUAAAAUUAGUCAAGAACUAAGAUAACGAAAAACGACGACUAGUGAAAGAAGUGUUGAACAUCUGCUUUCCCACACACAAAAGAAGAGGUGCGUACAGCAGAGAGUUAGGUGGCCAAAUUUACUCUUCAAUAGGCAGCCCUGCGUACACAUAUAAAGCCUAUGAAUGACAGACUGACCGACUGUAUUUCUAGACCAGCUGGACGGCUGGAUAUUGGCAGCAAGUGCAACUACACCUCUAGUGUUGUUACACAUACACCAUGUACUAAGUACUAAGACUCAUGGUAACUCGCUUUCACUUCGACCUCGAAAGCAAGUCCAUAUCUACUACAGCAGUUGAUGCCUGCAAAUUGGAACUCAUCCCUCUAACAAAGACAAGAGAGAGAUCAACGGACCUAGUUGAGUAGUCCUCCUCAGUCCUCAGCUUUCUCAUAUUCCUUGUUAUUUAUAAGACUCGUCUGAUACCAACGACCAAGCAUCCAAAAAGGGAUCCACCUUCGGAGCAAGCUAUCUCACACCCCCCAAGCCUCCUAUAUAAUGAUGUUCAAGUCCUCCGUCAUGGGAGAGAAAAAGCAAAGAGCAAUGAAAUACCCAUAAACAA